UGAUGAUUUGUUAGCUGAUUCUUACUCUUGGUGCGUGGGAAAUGUCGUGUGUAAUGGCUUCUCCGCUACAACUACUUGGGAAGCUUUGAGGCCAAGAGAUUCUGUAAAGGAGUGGUCUAGCUCGGUCUGGUUCAAAGGAGCUGUGCCAAAACAUGCUUUCACCAUGUGGGUGUGCCCUCUAAAUAGACUGCCAACGCGUCAGAGGUUAGCUGUUUGGGGACAGAUUCAAUCCUCGGAAUGCUGCCUUUGCACUAUUGAAACUGAAGCCAGGGAUCAUCUUUUCCUCGCUUGUGAGUUCUCUUCCCAGAUUUGGAAAAUGGUCUUCAAUCGCUUAUGCCCACGGCAAAGACUUUUCUGCUCAUGGGCUGAGCUCCUCUCUUGGACACGGCUGUCUUCUUCCACCGCGCCUUCUUUGCUCAGAAAGGUAGUGGCUCAGGUUUUGGUCUACAACAUUUGGCGACAACGGAACAAUGUGCUCCACAACUCUCAGCGGCUUGCUCCGCAGCUUAUCGUCAAGAUGCUCGACCGGGAGCUGCGCAAUAUCAUCACUUCAAGACGGCGAAAGAAGCGUUGGCGCAGCUUACUGCUCCUUUGGAUUAGAUAGUUGGUCUUUCUUUCCCUUACAUUAUUGUAGCUUUGUUUUAUUUUUUUUGCCUUGGCUGCUCUUAUUUAGGUAUUACCUUUGUAAAACCUUUAUUUCAUUUAUAUGAUAUUUACAUGAUUAGCAAAAAAAAAAAAGUAAGUAAAGU